AUGGCUGGUCGCUCCAAGAAGAAGGGCACCUCUGGUGCGGCGAAAAACUACAUCACUCGUACUCGCGCCGUGAAGAAGCUGCAGAUUUCGCUUCCCGACUUCAGAAGAUUAUGCAUCUUCAAGGGAAUCUACCCCCGCGAGCCGCGCAACAAGAAGAAGGUCUCCAAGGGCUCCACCGCCGCGACGACCUUCUACUACACCAAGGACAUCCAGUACCUGCUCCAUGAGCCGCUGCUGGCCAAGUUCCGCGAGCACAAGGCCGUCGCAAAGAAGAUUGGACGUGCCCUUGGUCGCGGUGAGUCUGGAGAUGCCGCGCGCCUGGAGAAGAACUUGAUGCCCAAGGUCAAGCUCGACCACAUCAUCAAGGAACGCUACCCGACCUUCGUCGACGCCCUUCGCGACCUCGACGAUGCGCUAUCCAUGCUCUUCCUCUUCGCCAACCUGCCCUCCAGCGAGCACAUCCCUGCAAAGACCAUCGCCCUGUGCCAGCGCCUGACCCGCGAGUUCGAGCACUACGUAAUCACAUCCCACGCCCUGCGCAAGUCCUUCCUGUCCAUCAAGGGUAUCUACUACCAAGUUACGAUCCAGGGCCAGGACAUUUUGUGGCUCGUCCCAUACCGAUUUGUGCAGCGAACUGGUGGAGACAUUGACUUCAGGAUCAUGGGCACGUUCGUUGAGUUCUACACCACACUGCUUGGCUUUGUCAACUACCGCCUUUACACCUCUGUUGGCCUCGUCUACCCUCCCAAGUUCAACGCCAAGAGCGACGAGCAGGGUGGUGAGCUCGCUGCCUUCCAGCUUGAGGGCAAGGGUGUCUCUACAAACGGUGCUGCCAACGGCGAGGAAGAGGAUGCAGAGAUCAAUCCUGAGGCACAGGCCAUCGCAGACAGGAUUGCAGCUGAGGGUGACGUUGAGGAGGAGGUCGCUGAAGCAAUUGUUACUGCGGCAGACGAUGACGAAGAGCAAGCGACGGAAGGAAUCGACAAGUUCGAGCCUACCGCUCAGGACGGUGACGUUCUGCCCCAGCCCCAAGCCAGCCGCGCCGAAGCCGGCUCCCUCUUCGCCCCCUUCACAUUCUACCUCUCCCGCGAGACCCCAAGGGCAUCCCUCGAGUUCAUCCUCCGAGCCUUUGGUUGCAAGCGCGUAGGCUGGGAUAACAUCCUUGGCGACGGCGCCUUCACAACCAACGAAUCAGAUCCCUCCAUCACCCACCAAAUUAUUGACAGACCCUCUCUCGCCAACGGGGCCGCAGCUCCUGUUUCUGCCGAGUCUGAAGACGGUAACGCCCCGAAGGCGCAAUGGCCGCGCUCCAUGAUGCCUGGCCGUACUUACGUCCAGCCCCAAUGGGUAUGGGACUCGAUUAACCAAGGCAAACUUCUGCGCCCUGACCUCUACGGCCCCGGUGCUGAGCUUCCUCCUCAUUUGAGCCCUUGGGUCAAGCCCAAGAAGGGCGAAUACGAUCCCAACUUGCCCCUCGCAGCCCAGCAACCCGAAGGCGAAGCCGAGGCUUUCGAAGACGAGGGCGACGAGGAGACAUUCAACGCAAAGGAUGACGACGAAGACAUGGAUGCCAUUGUCGACCGUGGCGGCUCUGUUGAGGCUGGUGAGGGCAUGGACGUUGAUGGCUUAGACGAUGAUGACUCUGACGCUUCUUCCUCGGACGAUGCAGCGCCUGCUGCCGAAGACGACGACGAGUCGGACGCUGAGUCUGACAUCUCCGAGUCCGAAGCUGCGCGCCUUCAACAUCAAGCCGAACUUGAGGCUGAGGCCACGGGCAAGACGCUCAAGAAGGUCGCUCCCACCAAGAAGGAGCAGAACGCUGCUAUUCGUAAGAAGGCUGAUAAGGCUAGGAAAGCAGAGGAGGAGGAGCGUGAGAGGCAGAAGAUGAUGUUGUCGAACAAGAAGAGGAAGCUGUUGAAACGUAUCGAAUACGGCGCCAACAAACGUGACACAGAGUCCGAGGGUCUGAGGAGAAAGAAGGCCAAGCUCGAGAAGGCGAAGGCGGCUGCUGAUGCAUUGUAG